AUGGGGAUGUGGACGUGUUUGGAUAUAGGAUGGACUUACUGCGGCAGUACUAAGGGGCAGUCAUGUUCCCUGAUGUGGUGGCUGUUGGUCCUGAUGUCCAUCUCCCUAGCGAUGGGCCAAGGCCAGUCCCAGUCCCUCAACACCUUCCAGUCAGAGAGAAGGGAGUGGACCCUGAACCACCUGAUUGUGCACAAGACCACUGGAGCUCUCUAUGUUGGUGCUGUGAACCGGAUCUACAAGCUAUCUGCCAACCUGACCCUCCUGGUCUCUCAUGACACAGGGCCUGAGUACGACAACAAGGCCUGUUACCCUCCACUUAUAGUGCAGCCCUGCUCUGAGCCCCUGGCCUCCACUGACAACAUCAACAAACUGCUGCUCAUAGACUACUCCCACAACCGCCUGCUGGCCUGUGGCAGCCUCUACCAAGGCAUCUGUAAGCUAAUGCGACAGGACGACCUGUUUAUCCUGGUGGAGCCCACCCACAAGAAAGAGCACUACCUCUCCAGUGUCAACCAAACAGGCACCAUGUAUGGGGUCAUCGUGCCCUCCUCGCAGGGUCAGGACGGCACCCUGUUCAUCGGCACGGCCGUGGGUGGGAAGCAGGACUACUUCCCUACCAUCUCCAGCCGUAAACUGCCCCGUGACCCAGAGUCCUCUGCUAUGCUGGACUACGAGCUCCACACUGACUUUGUCUCCUCUCUCAUUAAGAUCCCCUCUGACACACUAGCUCUGGUCCCACGCUUUGACAUCUACUACAUCUACGGCUUCGCCAGCGGGAACUUUGUCUACUUCCUGACCGUGCAGCCAGAGACCCCAGAGAAUGGGAUGACUGCUGGCAGUUCCCCAGGUGACCUGUUCUACACAACCCGCAUCAUACGCCUCUGCAAAGGGGACAAGAAGUUCCACUCCUAUGUGUCUCUGCCAGUGGGCUGUGUACACAAGGGAGAGGAGUAUCGCCUCCUACAGGCCGCCCACCUGUCCAAGGCAGGGAAGGUACUGGCCAGGUCCCUCAACAUCAGUGCCCAGGAUGACGUCCUCUUUGCUGUGUUCACCAAGGGCCAGAAGCAGUACCACGAGCCCCUGGACAACUCGGCCCUGUGUAUCUUUACCAUCCGAGACAUCAACGCCCGCAUCAAAGAGCGCCUGCAGUCCUGCUACCAGGGAGAGGGCAACCUGGAACUACACUGGCUGCUGGGAAAGGACGUGCAGUGCACCAAGGCGGUAGGUACCUGUAGCUGUCUGAAGAGGGCUUUGCAACCAGUCCCUUCAUUAGUAUCCAGCUAGCCAGGGGAAGACCAGCACUGGCUCCUCUGAUGUGGCAUACAGACACAUUAUUCAGACAGUGGAGGUGGCAGGUUAAAGAAUGUAAUAUUUAAAGCUUUUUGAUUACCCCACAGCCUUGGUUAAACUAACAGUAGCUGAUAGGCAGGUAUCCUGUUGCGGAGCCCCAUUCAAUCUUUUUUUAUAUUCCACAAGAGCAACAGAGUAGUAAGUGGGGGAGAUACAUUUACAAUUCUAAUCAGAGGAGUUUUGUAUGCAGCUUUGAUUCCAUUCAGAGGUUUAGGCUCUCCCUGCGUGGGGCAGUGGUCAGAGCAGCACGCUUCUCCUCCGAGAAGGCAAUUUAUUUAUAUAUUAUUGGUGAGUGCAGAGGUGGUGAGGAGAUGAUGAGCGAGCGGUAGCUGAAGAGCGCUCUAUUCGUUCUCGAGAGUAGAGGAAGUAGAUAGCUAUAUAGCUCGCUCUCUCUACUCUCUCUAUCUAUCUGCUCAGCUCUCUCUUCUAUUCUCUCUCUCUCUCUCUCUCUCUCUCUCUCUCUCUCUCUCUCUCUCUCUCUCUCUCUCUCUCUCUCUCUCUCAGCAUUCAGAAAAACAGGUAACAAGGACAUCAAUCAAGGUUGUUAUUCAGCAACUCUCACACAACCACCCAUUUUGCUAAUAGUCAUAUACUGCCUCUUACCCAUGUCAUCACUGUUCCAGUGCAGAAGAAAGCAGAAGAGAUUCUCUUGAGAGGUGCAGGAAAUGAAAGUACAAAUGUGUUGCCCUAAAAAGUGAGAUUUCUAUUCUACCUGACAGGCUAUUAGUGGAGGUUUGAGGUGGAUUGUGCUAGCUGUAGCAGGACUGCUUAGCGUGUGAGCCUCUUUGAUGCUAAAUCAAAACCUGACAUCUCUGGGGCUGUGUGUUUGUGUGAUGUCAGAUCAAGCGAUUUAAAAUCACAGAAACCGGCACCAAAUACAUGGCGUUCUUAUGUUUGCCAAGAGCAAUUAAAAUGCUCAACAAACACACUCUCUGCAUUGUUGACAAAUUUAACAGCCCCAAUAUCUUUUGAAGACGCUGCCUUGAAAACUAUGGUAAUUAAGUGUAACAAAUGUGAAGAUUAUUACAGUAGUCUUUUUAAUCUUUCUUACUCCGUCUCCUUCUCUUGCUCUUCUGUCUCACCCAUGUCUCCCCGUCUUUCCCCAUCUCUCUCUGCAGCCUGUGCCUAUCGAUGAUCACUUCUGUGGGCUGGACAUCAACCAGCCCCUGGGGGGCUCCCAGCUGGUAGCUGGCCUGAUGGUGUACACUGAGACCAGGGACAGGCUGACCUCUGUCACCUCCUAUGUCUAUAACGGCUACAGC